CGAUUAUUGACAAAUUUUGGGAAAUUUCAGGAACUUUGACCAUCUAGGUAGAUCGCGAUUGUCAGGUACAACUUCAGAAUCAAUAUCUCGCCGCAACGGACGAGAUGAGCGCAACAAAUGAAGCAGGUGUGCCGCACGGGCAGAAACGCAAGAGAGAAGAGAAGGACGUCAGCAACAAGAAGAAGGUACAAAGCGACAAGCCUCCGCAAAUAUACAAGAACCUACAACUCGCCGAAUCACUGAAGGAUGCACCAAAAAAGCCAGUAUACAAGAACUUGCAAAUUGCAGAGUCACUAAAGGCACAGUCCAAAGCAAAGAAUCAGCUUCUCGGCAAGUCGCAAAAGGCAGAGAAGCCCAAGUUCAAGAACCUGCAGAUUGCCGAGUCGCAGAAGACGGUCGCCAACGGAGCACAAGAUGACGAGGGGCCAAAUGUUGAGUCGCAAAAGCAGGAGUAUAGAGACAACCGACCGCAAAAUCCACUGGCCGCUCGACAGAAGAAUCUACUCGAAGUGCGCCAAAGUCUGCCCAUCUGGUCGCAGGCUGCCAAUAUCCGCAAUGCGCUCCUCGAAAAUCACGUCCUGAUCCUUGCUGGUGAGACUGGUAGUGGUAAAUCUACUCAAGUGCCCCAGUUUCUCCAUACCUCUGCAUGGUGCACUGGACGAAUCGCCGUGACUCAGCCUCGUCGUGUCGCUGCUGUCUCGCUUGCUCGCCGUGUCGCCGAAGAGAUGGGCACUCCUCUAGGAAAGAGCCCACAGGCGCUAGUUGGUUACAACGUGCGGUUUGAUGAUAAUGUCGGCAAGAACAACAAAGUCAAGUUCCUCACCGAGGGAAUGUUGCUGCAAGAGAUGUUGAGGGACCCUGCCUUGGUCGAAUACAGCUGUGUCGUCGUUGAUGAAGUUCACGAGCGAAGUGUCAACGUAGACUUACUUCUAGGUUUCCUGAGAGGUCUCGUCACUGGUACUAGUGAGGCUGCCAAGAAGCGAAAGGGAAAGCCUCUCAAGGUAGUUGUCAUGAGUGCUACAGCUGACACCGAGAAGUUGAAGGACUUCUUUAGCGAAGGCUUUGGCGAACCUCGAGCUGAAGACAACAUACCCGCUGUCAACGAUACGACGAGCUUGAACAAGGAUGAUGCAUCUGUGGAGAAGCCGCAAGUACCAUCUGCCUCUAGCUCAGGCAAGAUUUCAACAUGUUUUGUGGAGGGCAGAAUGUAUCCCGUGCAAACCGAGUACCUCUCCGAGCCGACACGAGACUUCUCAGAAGCAGCUCUGUUGCAAAUUUUCCAGAUUCAUCGCAAGGAGCCUAUGCCUGGAGAUGUUCUAGUCUUCCUGACUGGAGGAGAUGUAAUCACAAAUCUUCAACAAGCAAUUGAAGACAUGAUACCAAAUGUCAUCACUAGAGACUCUGGACUACCAAAACUUCUUGUGCUACCAUUAUACGCAGCUCUUUCCCAAGCUCAACAACAGGCUAUCUUCUCACCUGCUCCUCCGAACACACGUAAAGUUAUUCUGGCAACCAACAUUGCCGAAACAUCCAUCACUGUACCCGGAGUGCGGUUCGUCAUUGAUAGUGGAAAGGCGAAGAUCAAGCAGUUCCGUAAUCGUCUUGGUCUGGACUCGCUUCUCGUCAAGGAUAUUUCAAAGUCUUCUGCGAUCCAGCGACAAGGUCGUGCAGGUAGAGAAGCUGCUGGAAAGUGCAUCCGCCUGUACACAAAACCAAACUUCGAAGCAUUGGAGAAGGACGCUGUUCCGGAGAUUCUGCGAUGCGAUUUGAGUUCCGCAGUACUUACAAUGAAAGCGAGAGGUGUUCAAGAUGUGAUGAGCUUCCCGCUUUUGACUCGUCCGUCGAGAGAGGCAAUGGAGCGCGCUUUGCUGCUGCUCCUUCAGCUUGAUGCGCUGAAUCCCGAGGAUGGGAACAUCAGUGAUUUGGGCCGCAAGAUCGCAAGACUGCCCCUAACCCCAGCCCAUGGCAGGACAAUCGUCGCAGCCGCCGAUCCUGAGAUGGGAUGUCUACUACCCGUGAUCGACAUCGUAGCCUGCUUCAAUUCCGAAAACAUCUUCGUCGAGAUCAAGGAUCAAGACGCAAAUGACGAAGCCAGAGAAGCACGUAACAAGCUCUCACGUCGCCAAGGAGACCACCUUACUCUGCUCAGCGCUGUACAAGCAUACGCAUCAGAGCGCACCGAUCGCAAGCAAUGGGCGAAACAACACCUAAUUUCCCAUCGCUCCAUGCAAAACGUCAUGGACGUCCGCAAACAACUCCGCGCACAAUGUCAACAAGCAAAACUCAUCACGAAAGAGGAACUGGCAGCUGCCGAUGACGAUCUCGAUACCGUCUCCGAGUCCACCGGCAACAAUAUUCUGAAAUGCUUCCUUCGCGGCUUCCCUGCCAAUGUGGCCAGACUGGUUCCUGAUGGCAGUUACAGGACAAUUCAGGGGCAUAUGGCUGUGGCUAUUCAUCCUAGUAGUGUGUUGUAUAGCAGGAAGCUUGAGGCUAUUCUGUAUAACGAAUUCGUGUACACGAAUAGGACGUAUGCUCGUAGUGUUAGUGCUAUACAGAUGAAUUGGCUGGAGGAGGUAUACGCAGCACCGACUUAGAAGAGGGAAUCUAGAAAAGCACAGAUGGACUUAUUUUAUCCCGGC